GCUACUCGGCGCGCGGCCCAGCACCUGCUGCCCUCGCCCCGCCCGGGGCGCCGCGGCCAUGCGGCUGGCGCUGCUCUGGGCCCUGGGGCUCCUGGGCGCGGGCAGCCCUCUGACCUCACGGCCCCUCGCAGAUAUCGUCCCAGCAUGCAAUGCAGGAGUCCUUCAAGCAGAGAAGGGGGGGCCUGUGGCCACCAGCUGUGCCCAAUGCUGCUUCGGCUGCCACCUCUCUCAGCACCCUCUCGGGGGUCCUGGGGGCCCUGCAGGUGGCACUGAGGACGAGCAUGCAAGGCCAGAGAGGGCCCUGGGUGGACCCUCGGAGCCCCAGAUCCUUCGGGACCACCCCAUGCUCAGCCUAGCAGAGAUGCUUCAGACCAAUCUUCCUGAGGCCUUUCGGAUCAAAUUAGAAUUGGAUGGUGACAGUCAUAUUCUGGAGCUGCUACAGAACAGGGACCAAGUCCCAGGCCGCCCAUGGCUGAUGCGGUACCAGCCUGAUGGCAUCCGUGUGGUCAGUGAGGGACACACUCUGGAGAACUGCUGCUACCAGGGAAGGGUGCAGGGCCACGCGAGCUCCUGGGUCUCUGUCUGCACCUGCUCGGGGCUCAGGGGUUUGGUGAUCCUGUCCCCAGAGAGAAGUUAUAUGUUAGACCUUGGGCCUGGGGACCUGCAGGCCCCCCCAAACAUCUCCCGGAUCCAGGACCUCUUCCUGCCAGGCCACACCUGUGCCCUGAGCCGGCAUGCAUCUGGGCCCACUCAGGCUCCCCUGGAGCAGCCCCCGGGACAGCACCACAGCUGCACUCGGCGGCGGCGGGACGUGGUGGCAGAGACCAAGAUUAUUGAGCUGGUGAUAGUGGCCGAUCACUCUGAGACGCAGAGGUACCCGGACUCCCAGCAGCUGCUGAACCGCAUGCUGAAAGUGACCUUCCUCUUGGACACAUUCUUCCGGCCCCUGAAUGUCCGGGUGGUGUUAGUGGGCCUGGAGGCCUGGACCCAGCACGACCUGGUGGAGAUAAGCCAGGACCCAGGCCUCACACUGGACAAUUUCCUCCACUGGCGCCGGGUGGACUUGCUGCCUCGACUGCCCCAUGACAGUGCCCAGCUGGUGACUGCUACUUCAUUCUCUGGGCCCACAGUGGGCAUGGCCGUUCAGAACUCCAUCUGUUCUCCUGACUUCUCAGGAGGGGUGAAUAUGGACCACUCCACCAGUGUCCUGGGAGUUGCAUCCUCAAUAGCUCACGAGUUGGGCCACAGCCUGGGCCUGGACCACGACUUGCCCGGGAACAGCUGCCCUUGCCCCGGGCCGGCCCCUGCCAAGAGCUGCAUCAUGGAAGCUUCCACAGACUUCCUGCCGGGCCUGAACUUCAGCAACUGCAGCCGGCAGGCCCUGGAGAAAGCCCUCCUGGAUGGGAUGGGCAGCUGCCUCUUUGAACGGCUUCCCAGCCUGCCCUCUAUGGCCACUGUGUGCGGGAAUAUGUUUGUGGAGCCUGGAGAACAGUGUGAUUGUGGCUUCCCGGACGACUGCACUGACCCCUGCUGUGACUACUUCACCUGCCAGCUGAGGCCAGGGGCACAGUGUGCAUCUAAUGGGCUCUGCUGUCAAAACUGCCAGCUGCGCCCGGCUGGCUGGCAGUGCCGUCCUGCCCGAGGGGACUGCGACUUACCCGAGUUCUGUCCAGGAGACAGCUCCCAUUGCCCUCCUGAUGUCAGCCUGGGUGACGGCGAGCCAUGUGCAGGGGGACAGGCUGUGUGUGUACAAGGGCGCUGUGCUUCCUACGCCCAGCAGUGCCAGGCUCUCUGGGGACCAGGAGCCCAGCCCACUGCACCACUUUGCCUCAUUGCUGCCAAUACUCGAGGGGAUGCAUUUGGGAGCUGUGGGCGCAGCCCUAACGGCAGCUACAUGUCCUGUGCCCCUAAAGAUGCCAUGUGUGGACAGCUCCAGUGCCAGGGGGGUCAGGCCCAGCCUCUGCUGGGCUCAGCCCGGGAUCUGCACUGGGAGGUGCUAGAAGCCAACGGGACCCAGCCAAGGCUGAACUGCAGCUGGGUCCACCUGGACCUGGGUGACGAUGUGGCCCAGCCCCUCCUGGCGCUGCCCGGCACAGCCUGUGGUCCUGACCUGGUAUGCAUUGACCAUCAGUGCCAGCCUGUGGACGUCCUGCGUGCCCAGGAAUGUCGAAGCAAAUGUCACGGGCACGGGGUCUGUGACAGCAAAGGACAUUGCCACUGUGAGGAGGGCUGGGCGCCCCCUGACUGCACCAGCCAUGUCAGAGCAACCAGCUCCCUGACCACAGGGCUGCCCCUCAGCCUCCUGUUGGUGGUAGUCCUGGUACUGCUUGGUGCCAGCUACUGGCACCGUGCUCGCCUGCGUCAACGACUCUGUCAACUCAAAGGGCCCAGCUGCCAGUACAGAGCGGCCCAGUCCGGUCCCUCAGAAUGCCCAGGACCCCCACAGAGGGUCCUGCUGAUGCCAGGGGCCAAGCAGGCUGGUAUUCUUGGCUUCCCAGCACCCCCCUCCAGACCGCUGCCUCCUGACCCUGUGCCCAAGAGACUCCAGGCUGAGCUGGCUGACCGGCCCAAUCCCCCCACCCGCCCUCUGCCCGCUGACCCGAUGGUGAGGCACCCGAAGGUUUGUGUGGAAACAAAGGUGACCUCUGGAGCCGACCCCACAAGCUGGGGUCCCCCAGCAACAGGAGUGGGCAAUAUGACAUCUCCUCCCAAGCCAGCCUCCUGCUUUCUCUCUCACCCUCAGGGGCCUGCCAAGCCCCCUCCCCCGAGGAAGCCACUGCCUGCCAACCCCCAGGGCCGGGGCCCUUCGGGUGACCUGCCUGGCCCAGGAGCUGGAAUCCCGCCUCUAGUGGUACCGUCCAGGCCUGCGCCGCCGCCCCCAGCAGCGUCCUCCUCGCUCUACCUCUGACCUCUGCUGAGGUUCCGCUGCCUUCAGCCCCGACGUAGGACUUCCAGGGGCGGACCGGCCCUGGGAGUGCCCCGCGAUGACCGAAGGAGCCGGAGCCUGGUCGCUGCGGAGUAGGCACCUUCAGACCCCCAGCACUCCUGCGCGCCGACCCGCCCACGAAGCCUGUGGCGGGAGGUGGGGAGGGGCUGGGUGCCAGACUGGGCCGAGGGGGUGCCCACAGCCGGUACCUGCUCUGGUGCAAUAAACGUGAGGUCUGGGGAGCGUG